ACAUCAUGCAGGCAAGAGUAUAAGUCCGAAAACCCGUGUGUGGUGGUCAUCAUCGUCCGUCUUCGCUUAUCUAUACUGCAGACUGCUUCUGCCCUCGUCCGUUAUAAUAUAAUAUUAUAACACAAUCGCACGUGUCGUACGACCACCAUCACCACCGUUACUUGCAGUACACAUAGGCAAGUUACGGGACGCCCAGCACACCGCCCAGCGAGCCGAAAAACGGACAGAAGAAAACAAAAUACAUCAAACCGGAGAGGGAGGAGAAAUCGUUUGCCACCGUCGGUCCACUCUACGGUGAUCAACCAAUAACGUCCGGUGAGCACUGCGUGAGCACUGCAGUCGUCAAUAGUGUACGUGUAGCGAAUCUCACGUUCAUUGCCAUUCUUGCACUAUACGCGACAGAGAACACAGACAACAGCGAUAAUAUGGCCGUUGUAAACAUGAACAAUUUGCUGAACGGCAAGGAUUCCAGAUGGCUGCAAUUGGAGGUAUGCCGGGAAUACCAGCGGAACAAGUGCUCCAGACCUGACACGGAUUGCAAGUUUGCGCACCCGGCUGCCAACGUGGAGGUUCAAAAUGGUCGUGUCACCGCCUGCUACGACAGCAUAAAGGGCAGGUGUAACCGAGAGAAACCACCGUGCAAAUAUUUUCAUCCACCGCAACAUCUCAAGGACCAGCUGUUGAUAAAUGGUCGUAACCACUUGGCCCUGAAGAAUGCAUUAAUGCAGCAAAUGAAUUUGGCUAGUCAACAGAUAGUGCCGGGGCAAGUUCCUACAGCAGUGGCAGCGCCAACAGCAUAUUUGACCGGAAUCCCUGGCGCAAGUACCCAGGUCGGUAACACUUACACGCCAUACUUUAGCGCCGCCGGUCCGUUGAUUGGACCGACCACAAUAAUCACUUCAGACCCGAACAAUCCGCUAGCAAUGGCCGUACAGCAGACAAUGGUUACUCAACAGAAAAUGCCUAGGAACGACCGUCUAGACAUGGAUAUGAAAGCCGUUGGAACAUUUUAUUACGAAAAUUUUAUGAAUAUUAAUGGUUUCCAGGCAUUUCCGGGAAUGAUGCAGUACAAACGUGCCGCGGGCGACAAGUCUGGAAUGCCGGUGUUUCAACAAAACACAGGAGCUUACCAACAAUUGCUUCAGCCAUUCGUGCCAACCGUAUCUUUUGCUGCACCACCGGGCAUCCCGAGGUAUUAACAUAACGACUACAAUCCAGAAAUCAAUCUGUGUUACACCAUGCAUCCAUUGAAUGUAUGGUCGUGGCCUAAUAUUUAUUAACAAAAUCACGUUCAAUUCAAGUCAUCAAUUUAAUACACCGUAAAUUUUUUAUAGUGUAUUUUAAUACAUUAUAUAAUUCAUAAAUAAUAAAGUAGAA